ACUGCACUCACACACACACUCAGUUUCAGGUGUAUAUAAACCCUCCAUCCCUGCUUUUGAGUGUCCAUCACCAGAGCACCACCUCUAAGGCUUCAACAUGAAAGUCGUGGCACUCGCACUGACCCUCCUCUUGGCUUUGGGCUGCCAUGCCCGCACCCUGCAGGCCGAUGCUCUCAGCCAGAUGGAGCACUUCAAGUCAGCUGCCUUGGUCUACCUGAACCAGGUGAAGGACCAAGCCUCCAAGGCCCUGGAGCACCUGGAUGGAACCCAGUAUGAGCAGUACAAGCUGAAGCUGACCGAGAGCCUUGACAACCUGCAGAAGUACGCCGAGUCCACCUCCCUGAAACCCUAUGCCACCCAGCUGGUUGAGGGAACCCAGACCAUGCGUGAGUACAUCCUGAAAGAACUGGAUGACCUACACACCAAAGUGGAGCCACACCGUGCUGAGCUGCGCCACGCCAUCGAGAAGCACCUGGACGAGUAUGGCGAGCGUCUCAUCCCCAUCAUCCGCGAUUACAUGGCUGAUAACCAGAAGGAGCUCAAAGCUCUUAGCCAGAAGCUUCAGCCUGCCCUCGAGGAUCUCAAGGUCAAGGUGGAGACCAACUUUGAGGAGACCAAGACCAAGCUGGCCCCCAUUGUCGAGGCUGUGCGUGGAAAGCUCACCGAGAGGCUGCAGAACCUGAAGGAUCUGGCCAGCCCUGUGGCUGAGGAGUACAAGGAGCACAUGCUGAAGGCCAUCGAGGAUGUCAAGGAGAAGGUGGCACCCCACACCGCCCAGCUCCAAGGCCAAAUCGAGCCCUACAUGGAGACCCUGACAGCCAAGUUCAUGUCCAUCUACAAGUCCGUCGUUGACGCCAUUCACCCCUAAAUAUGGCUCCUGCCAGGACUUGCAUUCUCACAAUCAUGCACAUUCAAUAUUGUGUGUUGGCUCUAACAUUCAUGUGAUGUGACGAUGCAAAAUAAAAAAUAUAUAAAAAUCCAAAAAA